AUGCAUUUACAAAAUAGAGAAAAAACGACGUUUCCCGAAAAAGUUAAACUUAUAAAUAAUUCCUCCGUAUCGAAUACAGACCUAAACGAACCUCAAACAAUAGCAAACCGCGUUAAAGAGGCAAUAAGGGUAGAGUUAAUAGGGAAAGAAAACUUAAAACAUGACUAUAAAUUAGAGGCACGCGAUCCUGUCGAAAUUCUCGAAAAAGUAAAAGAAAUAAAGCGCUGUGAAGUCAAUGUGACUAGUGUCAGCGUUCGCAAACAAUUGUAUGCAAUGCAAUAUAACGCGAGUCAGGAAACAGCAAAUGCCUUUUUAGAUAGAUUUGAGGAAUUAGUUCAUAAUUAUGAAACAAUUCCUGAUUCAACUCCACUUUCCGAUGAUGAAAAGCGCGAUGCCCUAUAUAACUCAAUAAAGAGUCAAGUUCCGGAAAUUCAAUCAAUAGAAUUUAUCACGAAAAGCCAAACAGGAAAAAGUUUAACAUACGACCUUUUAAAAUCUUUUAUAAUGCAAGCCGAAGCAAAUAAAUUGCAAUCCAAUACUACCACUCAUCCAAAUUCGAAAGCAAUUACAGUGGCAUCCGCGUCUUUUAUAAAUUCGAAUCGGUCAAACGAGAGAUGUUUCGAAUGUGGCGAUAGUGGCCACAUGAGAAACGAGUGUCCAAUAAAAGGACAAGGCUUAAAGAAAUGCUACGAAUGUGGGCAGUUCACUACCCACAUUGCUGCUGAAUGUCCCCAGAGACUAGCCAAAAAUGGAAAAAGCUUUAAUAAAACAAAUAAAGCGAAUAAUAAGCGCUCUUUUAAGGCAAAAGACCUUCGAAGUAAAAACAGCUCAAACUCAAAACCAACUCGCGACGGGGCCAAUAGACAGUUUAAACAAAAAGGAAAUAAAACUAGCCAACACCAAUCUCGAACAUGGACGAACGAAAAGCUAAAGGUGCAACAAAACAAUAAAUGUACGUAUGAAAACUCUCUUAUAUUAGAAACGAAAUUAAAACCUCAAUUUGAUAAAAGAAAACAGUCGUUAUUAUCAACACAUUACUUACAAAAAUCAAAUAACAAAGGUUCUUUAAAUAAUACUCAGAGCAAUAAAAACUAUGUCUCUUUCAUUGUCGAUACCGGAGCAACUGAACAUUUAACGAACUCUUCAGAAAUUUUCAGUGACCUUCAAAAGUCGAAAUCUAGCGUAAUUAAGUGUGCUAAUAAAAACAGUGAAGCUGACUUAGUUGCUGAGGGUCAAGGCACAGUGAACAUUAUUUCAAACUCAGAUAACAAAAAGUCGCUCGUCUUGGACAACACUAUAUACACAAACUCAUUAUCCGAAAAUUUGCUUUCUUUAAGAAAAUUUGCGGAAGCUGGAUUAUCAACCUAUUUCGAUAAAGAGCGAGUUAAAAUUUACGAUCCAAAAACGACCGAAGUAUACGCUACAGGAAUAUACGAUAAACCCUACUGGGUUAUGAAAUUUAAGAUUGACAAUGAAAAGGUCCAACAAAAACGAUUGAACUCUUCUGAUGUAUAUGUUUUUGAAACUACUGUAGAACCGAACGAAGAAAAAGAAAAUGUUGAUGCUACGACAGAAACAAACGAAACGAAACGAAAGUUAAUGAUGAUAACGAAAACGAGCAGCCCCCAAACUGUUGAUUUAAAAAUAGAUCAAAUUAAUGAUAACGAGUGUAAAACGAUUACAAAAGGAGAUAAUACGUGUGACCUCUGUGCUUUUACAGAUUUUGAUACUCAAAUCACAAAUAGAAAAAUAACGAACUUGGAUGAUCUACCAUCAGUAGAUCUAUUAGAGGAUGACUUUGUUUUAAAUAAGUCAUUUACCGAAUCUAUAAAGGAAAGUAAAGCUAUGUUGUGGCAUGUAAGAAUGGGCCAUGCCUCGGUUGACUAUCUCCGUAAACUUCAGGGUUUAUGGAAAGAUAACAAAGAAUUACAAGGCGUAGUUUUUGACGAAAGCAGACGAGAGUGUGAAAUUUGUGCUCUCACAAAAUUAUCGAAAUUACCGUUUCGAAAUCAAAGGAGUAGAGCAACUAGACCUCUACAAAUUAUACAUUCAGAUGUAAUGGGAAAAAUUGCACCUCUUACCCAUCCAUUUGGUUACCAAUACAUCUCAGUAUUCAUAGACGAUUUUUCACGAAUGGCCUUAGCGUACCCCAUGAAGACGAAGGAUGCUACAGGUCAUUGUUUGGAACGAUUCAUCAAAUCCGCACGAAACCUACUAGACUCAAAUGAGAAGUUUUGUUAUCUUAGAACAGACCAAGGUACGGAGUACAUGGGAGGUUAUACUCAAGAAGUUUUAAUUCGUGAAGGAAUCGAAAUUCAACCAGCUUGCCCAGAUACUCCUCAGCAUAAUGGAACCUCCGAACGAUUUAAUCAAACAUUGCAAAAGAAGAUCAGGUCCAUAAUGUUUGAUUCAAAGCUUCCUCAAACCAUGCGGGACCUUGCUUUAGGUGCAGCCGUUUAUGUUUACAACCGAACUCCCCAUCGCACAAAUGACUUUAAAGCACCACUCGAGAUAUUUGCACCAAACUUGCACUACGACGUGAACCAAAUUAAACGUUUUGGAUGUCUGGCCUAUUGGUCUAUCCAAAGAAAACCGGAUACGAAAUUCUCUGCAAGAGCUGUAAGAGGAGUUUUGGUGGGAUAUACGCCUUCCGGAUAUAUUUUCUUAAAUCCUGAGUCGGGUAAGUUCUUCAAAUCUAGAAAUGUUAGAUUUAAUGAGAAAAUGGUUUACGGUGACAAGUACGGAAGUGAGUCAAUUCGAAACUGGCCUGAUAAAGAAAUCGAACGCUCAAAAAACGAGUGGUUUCUGAAAUUUGAAAAUGACGAUGUGACUAAAGUAACAAACGAGUAUGUCCAAUCUAGAUCAGAAAAAUUCGAAUUUCCUUCCAUAGAAGAAGAGUUUCAGAAUACGAGAGAUAAAGCAAGUGACCAAAUCUUGCAUUGCUUACAUGCAAGCAUAAACAACGAUCCUCAAACAUUCAAACAAGCUUCAGAGUCGAAGCAUAAAAACGAGUGGACUCAUGCGAUAAAUGACGAGCUAGAUUCCUUAAAGAGAAAUAAAGUAUGGUCUCUAGUAGAUCGCCCCAAAUUCAGCAAAUAUGGUAAGAAACCUAAUAUCAUCGACUCAAAAUGUGUUUUUAAACAAAAGGAGGACGGUAGCGGUGUUACAAGGUUCAAAGCGAGAUUAGUCAUACGAGGGUUCAAAGAUUCGAAUUUAUACGACUUAAAGGAAACGUAUGCGCCGGUUUCCAGACUAACUCUUGUUCGGUCUGUUUUGGCUAUGAUAAACUUCUAUGACUUAGAAGUCUGUCAACUAGACGUCAAAACAGCCUUCCUCAAUGGAAUAAUCAAAGACGAAGUCUACAUGGAAAUUCCCGAGGGAAUGGAAGUGACCAAAGAAGAUAGACAAACAAAAGUGUGUAAGAUUCUAAAAGCUCUUUAUGGAUUAAGAAUUAGUCCUAAACGAUGGAACGAGAGAUUCACUGAGGUUGUAAAUUCUUUGGGACUGACGAGUGAUCAAUACGAUCCAUGUCUUUUCACAUGA